AUGACAACCCUCACACUACAAUCCAAACUCCGUGCUCUCAAGGUCCUGGAGGGGGCAUCACAUCACAAGACGGACUUUAACUCAUUCCCGAACACCCCGCAACAGGCAUUCGAAGCAUGGCUGGACGAAGCCAUUGAAUGCGGGGUCUCGGAGCCGCAUGCUGUCACGCUCUCAACGAUUGAUCAAGACGGUCGACCUGAUGCACGCAUCCUUAUCCUCAAGAAUGUUGAUGACCGUGGAUGGCACUUUGCAACCAAAGUUGAUAGCCCCAAAGGUCGACAAAUCUCUAUGAACAACAACGUGGCCCUCACGUUUUACUGGCCUGGGAUGGGCCGCCAAAUUCGUUUGCGUGGGAAAGCUGUGUCGUUGUCCAGAAGUGAAUGCGACGCCGACUUUUCCGCUCGAUCCACCAUGGCCAAGGUCACUGCUACUGUCUCAAAGCAAAGUGAGCCACUGCUUGACCCUUUCGAUUUGGAGACGAGUUUGAAAGAUGGCCUCCUCAAACAGCAAAAUAAGACAGAAGAAUUAAGUUCUGAAGGAUGGGUGGUAUACGCAGUCUCGCCCGACACGAUCGAGUUCUGGCAAGCUUCUAGUGACCGCCUGCACCAACGUUUGAAGUAUUCGUGGGACGCAGUCGAGUCUGGGUGGUGCAAAUCAGCUUUGUGGCCAUAA